AUGGGCCUAGAAAAACGAAGCUCACAGCCAACGGCCACGGUCGGCCAUGGAUCAAUCCACGCCGACCCAGACGUCGAUCCUGCCAUGGAGAAAGGCGACCGUGAAAUCACCCAGAUCCAGGGUGAUGCUCACUUCUACGAGACUGUCACGGCCGCGCCCUUGAACCCUUGGUCCAAGACCAGUCUGCAGCUCUACAUGAUUUUGUUGGUUGCCGCACUCAACGCAACCGCCUCUGGCUUCGACGGCUCCAUCUUCAGUUCCAUCAAUGCUAUGGAUCAGUACAAGGCCUAUUUUCACCACACCGAGCUUGGGUCUGCCACCGGCAUCAUCUUCAUGAUCUACACUAUUGGAAACAUGGUCGGAUCUCUAUUCACUGGUCCCAUCUGCGACCACUUUGGCCGUCGAGCGGGCAUGAUGACUGGAUCUGUUCUGAUCAUGAUCGGAGCUGCCGUCCAGACCGCUGCCCAGAACGAUUCCUACCUCCUGGGUGGACGGUUUGUCCUCGGAUUCGGUGUGUCUAUCGGAACGUCCUCCGCUCCCACUUACGCCCUCGAACUCGCCCCUCCCCAAUGGCGAGCCCGUGUUGUCGGUUAUUAUAACACUUUCUUCUACACUGGAUCCAUCCUGGCCACCGGCGUGGCAUAUGCCUCUGCCAAAAACGACAGCGAACUCGCUUUUCGAUUGCCCCUGGGUCUUCAGCUGAUCCCGCCCGCCUUCAUCUUCAUUGGAGCCUGCCUCGUUCCCGAAUCUCCACGGUGGCUCACCAUGAAGGGCAAGAAGGAAAUGGCCGCUUCCAUUUUAGCCAAAUAUCACGGCGGUGGUGACAUGGAACAUCCCAUGGUCAAGCUUGAGAUUCGAGAAUUCGAGCAGAACAUCGAGCUGCAGAAGGCUUCCAGCGUGUGGAACUACUGGGCUCUUGUCGACACGCACAACGCCCGCUGGCGAUUCGCCAUGAUGGCCUUCAUGUCCAUCUUUGCUCAGAUGGCGGGUAACUCUGUUUUGACCUACUAUCUGCCCUCCAUGUACAAGCUUCUCGGCAUCCAGACGACCGAAAAGCGACUGCUGCUUACCUUUAUGAACUCGAUUGUCUCUUGUGCGGGCGCGGUCGCUGGAUCGGCAACCAAUGAUCGCAUUGGCAGGCGAACCAAGCUGUGGGUUGGCAGUAUUGUUCUGGCAGGCCUCUUCGGCGGCGUGACGGGAUUCUCGAGCCACUUUGAGGACAAGACCAAGACUGUCAGCUCAGCCCUCUCCAAUGGUGGUGUUGCCUUCAUCUUCCUUUUCGGAUGCGCCUAUUCAUUUGUCUACACUCCGCUUACCGCCACGUACUGUGCCGAAGUGCUGGCCACGCCUACUCGCGCCAAAGGAAUGGGAAUUCACGUCAUUCUGUCCAACUGCGCCAACUUGUACAACACGUAUGUUACCGCUAUUGCUCUGGACUCGAUCGACUGGAGGUACUACCUCAUCUUUGUGGGCCUGAACCUGCUCUAUAGUGUCAUAUGGUUUGUCUUUGGUGUUGAGACUCGUGGCCGCACCCUCGAGGAGAUGGACGAUGUCUUCAAUGCCAAGUUCCCACCUCGUGCUGCCCUCCAGAAGGCCGUCAUGGUACGACAAGGGGAUGGACACUUGCAAGGACUGGACGGGGACGAUGCAUAG